AUGUAUGCGCGGAGGCGUGUCGGGGGAGGGCUUAAGGGAGGGCGUAAUGGGGGGCAAAAGGGGGGCAAAAGGGGGUCGUAUGGGGGAAGUGGUGUGCUCAGCGACUAUAAGCCAGCCCUGUAUCGGCAGAACGUUGUUCCCGUCAGCGCCGACACACCAGCCCACCAAUGGCUUCCACAUCGUAAGAUUGACAAUAAGUAUACGAGUAAUGAUGUGUGUAUGAAGGGAAUGGCCCAAAACACCACGUCCUCCGCAACUCAGUCAUCAAACUUGAAUAGAAAUUAUCCGGAAAUAUAA